AUGAUGGAGAUAAAGAAGAAAGAUGACAGCGCUUACGAGCCAGCAACUCUCAGUUGUUUUCAAAGAAGUCUACAGUGUUACUUAAACGAUACGAACUCCAACAUAAACAUUCUCAAAGACCAAGAGUUCCAGAAAUCCAGGGGCCGGUUGCUCGAAGCCUGGUUAGCGCUAACUGUUGGUUAAGAGGUAUCAAAAUGUAUAGGUUUCCAUGGUAUUUAACGCUGGUUAGCACUAACCAUGCUUCGAGCAACCCGGGCCAGGGAGGUUCUGCUUUCUAAAAAGAAACAGCUGGUUGUAGAACAAGGGAAAGGUAAUCACCCCCAAGCUGUGAGAGAACUUACCGAUGCUGAAGAAGAUUUAGUGUUUCGUUCCAGUGAAUUUGGCGAUAAAAACCCUGAAGCUCUACAGCGCACAGUUUGGUGGUUAUUAGCACUGGUUUCCGUGUAAGAGAUGAAAGCAGAAAGCUGAAAUGGAGAGACAUUGUUGUUGAGAAUGACACUGAAACCGGCAAGGAAUUUCUCAUUUGGAUUUCAGAAAGAGGAUCUAAGACGCGCCAUGGCAAUGGUGACAGACGAGCAUUUAAUCCCACCGCCCAGGCAACAAACGAACAUUAUCCAGUAGUGUACUACAAAAAAUUCCAAAGUCGCCGUCCUGCAUAG